AUGUCAGUGGCAUUGAACAGCAAGUCAGGGGAGGUUGGGGAAGACAGUGUGAAUCUGAUGGCUCGUGGACGUCAAAUUCCAGUGUGGUGGAUUGGAGUUGCUGCAGUGUGUCUGGGGCUUCUUCUGCUGAUUUUGAUCGGUGUGGUGUCCCACAAUUCCUGGGCUUUCAGUCAUCAGGACUUGAAGUAUGUGAACCUGAUUCAAAACCUGACUACAGACAGAGACACUCUGAGAGAUGAGCUAGACCAAAUGAAGAAUAGUUCCAGCAACCUGACAAAGGAGAUGGAGGUUCUGCAGGGAAAAUACAACGCUAUGACUGCAAGUCGAGAUAAGAUACAAGAGGAGGUCAACACGUUAAAAUCCAACAUAACAAGUAAAACUUGCAGCUAUGGAUGGAAACCAUUUCAAGACAAGUGCUACUAUUUUUCUGAUGGUGCAGUUAAAACCUGGGAAAAAAGCAGAGAAGACUGUAAAGUCAGAGGAGCGGACCUGGCGAUUAUAAAGACCAAAGAAGUGCUGGAUUUUGUCAGAUUACCUAAUGGCAUAACCUGGAUCGGUAUGUCGGACAAGGAGCAUGAGGGCAAUUGGAAGUGGGUGGAUGGGACUGCUCUGGUAGAUAUCGGAUUCUGGCAGAGCGGGGAGCCCAACAAUAGUCAUGGAAAUGAGGAUUGUGUUGAGCUGUCGCGUUCAAAAAGAAAAUUUAAUGACGCCCCAUGUAAUAAACUAUUUUCAUGGGUGUGUGAGUAUUAAUGUCCCGUGGGCAACCAUUCUCUUGUCUUCUCUUCCCCUAUACAUGUUUUUUGAUCCAAUUAUGAUUACUUUAACUUUUUGUUGUGUUUUUAAAAAGGCUUUCAAAUACAAUGUUUCGUCCAAGUUAAGUUUUCUAUUUUAUGUUAUGGAAUAAAAAAGCACUUAAAUAAAUGUAAAUGUCAUUUAUCCAUUCAAAAAAUAUACUGAAUGAUUUUCUUUUCAACUUCAGAAUAACGUUUAUUAAUAUUUAGUUUAUGCUUUUUCCAUAAAUAGCCGUUCAAAGCGAAACGCAUAAAGCAAAAUGUAUCUUCUGAAUGUUUUCUUCUAAUAAAAACAUGGACAAUAGAA